AUGGAGAUCAUGAUGACACCAUAUUUUAUGCUAAGAUACACAGUUGGUAGAACUCUUUUCAUGCAAACCCAAGGUCAAAUCCUGUUUUUAACUUUAGAGUGCAAAGAAGAACAACAAAGAUUUCUAACUCAGACCUACCAGCACAUCUUGGCUUUUGCCUUUGCUGUGAAGGAGAUCAACGAAGAUCCUCAAUUGUUGUACAACAUCUCCCUAGGUUUCAACAUUUAUAACACCUACUUCACUGGACGUUUAACUUACCUGGCUUCACUGGAGCUUCUGUCCACAUGGGUCAAGUUCAUUCCAAACUAUAAGUGUGAUUCCCAAAGUACUAACAUGGCCACAAUUGGGGGACCUGACUCCCAGACAUGCGUUUUCAUGGCCACCAUUCUGAGUAUCUACAAGAUACCACAGCUUGGAUAUGGAUCUUCUCCUGUGAUUAAUGACCCAUCCCAAAAAGCCUUCUUCCAAUGGAUGUUCCCUAAUAUUAACCAACAGUAUGCAGGGAUGAUCCAGCUGCUUUUGCUUUUCACAUGGACCUGGAUCGGUGUCAUUUUCAUACAUGAUCACAGUCGCCUCAGCUAUAGCAUCUACAAUGCAGUUUAUGCUGUGGCCCAUGCAUUGCAGUCCAUGAGUUCACUGAAGUUGAAAUACAGAAUUAUCUCCAAGAAAGAACAAAAGAAACUCCUGAAUCAACAGCUGUGGCAGUUUUACUACUAUUUACGAAAAGUGUCAUUUAACAAUAGCGUUGGGGAAUUGAUUUCCUUUGAUCAAAAUGGGAAACUGGAAACAGGAUUUGAUAUUAUCAACUGGAUUGCAUCCCCAAAUCUAAGUCUACAUCGAGUUAAAGUGGGAAAAUUUGAUCUCAGAGCUCCCAAAGACCAAAUGUUCAGUCUUUAUGUUGAUGCCAUUAGAUGGCCAAGAAGAUUUAACCAGGUACAGCCGCGUUCUUUGUGUAAUGAAUUCUGUCAAAAAGGUUACAGCAGAACCAAAAAGGAAGGGGAACCAUUUUGUUGUUAUGAUUGCCUUCCAUGCCCAAGUGGAAAAGUUUCAAACCAAAUGGAUAUGGACUUUUGUUACCAGUGUCCAGAGGAUCACUAUCCCAGCAAAGCCCAGGAUCAGUGCAUUCCAAAAGAGACCAGCUUCCUAUCUUUCCAAGAGCCUUUGGGAAUCACCUUGGCCACUGUUGCUCUUUUAUUUUCCUCCAUCACAUCUCUGGUCCUCACGGUUUUCAUUCAUAACAAGGAUACUCCCAUUGUCAAGGCCAACAACCGGGGUCUCAGCUACGCCCUCCUGGUCUCCCUCCUGCUUUCCUUUCUUUGCCCUUUGCUUUUCAUUGGGCGGCCCCAGAGGGUGACCUGUCUUCUUCGCCAAACUGCUUUUGGAAUCAUCUUCUCUGUGGCGGUUUCUUGUGUGGUGGCCAAAACCCUCACUGUGGUUUUAGCUUUCAUGGCCACCAGGCCAAGUUCUAAGAUGAGGUCAUGGGUAGGGAACAGGCUAGCCAUCUUUAUUGUGUUUUCCUGCUCCUUCAUUCAAACCACUUUUUGUAUAGUGUGGUUGGUAAACUCUGCUCCUUUUCCAGAUCUUGACAUGCACUCCCUACCUACAGAAAUUGUCCUGGAGUGCAACGAAGGCUCCCCUGCCAUGUUCUACAGUGUCCUGGGUUUCAUUGGCCUCUUGGCCAUGAUCAGCUUUACAGUGGCUUUCCUUGGCAGGAACCUUCCAGACAGUUUCAAUGAAGCUAAAUUUAUCACCCUCAGCAUGCUUCUCUUUUGCAGUGUCUGGAUCUCUUUUGUUCCAGCCUACCAAAGCACCAAAGGGAAAUACACGGUGGCUGUCGAGAUCUUCUCCAUUUUAGCCUCAAGUGCUGGAUUACUGACCCUCAUUUUCUCUCCCAAAGUUUACAUCAUCUUGAUAAGACCUGAGCUGAAUAACAGGCAACAACUCAUGAGAAAAAAACCCUCAUAAAGUGAGAUAUAGGAAUUAGUCACAUUACAGCAUACACCCCAGAAUUUAGAUUAGUGAAAAAGCCAACGUGUGGUUUCAAGGAAUAACAACUGUCUUGAGCUUUUAG